AUGUGCGCGCGCGUUCGUGCCAGGUGGUGGAAAGUCCCAGUGUCCACGAAAUAACAGCAUUGUGUGGACCUACUGCCUUGCUAAUAAACGAGAGACAAUAUGACAACCCACAAUAAACCUUUAAACUGUGAGAGUUGUAGGCAAUAUCCCUACAUCUGCAGAAUAUCCGUAGGAGAAGAGGGUAGUGUCAACUUUGUCUAUCAAUUUGUGAAGAAAAUAUUUGUUCCCACGAGAAGAAACCGUCAGAAUUAUUACACAUUCUAUAUUGCCCCUAGAAUAAUUGGACCACCUCACGUUUUAAAUUAUAUCGAACAAUUUCAUUUACCAUGUUUUUUUGGAGAUGAAGACUAUUUCAGAUUGAGAAAGGAUGAUUUUGAUCGUUUCGAUAUUUCAAUAUCUCCGUGGCAAAACGAAGGUUUCAUGAGAUCAUUUAUUGAUGGUACUCCAUGGUAUACAGCGGACCAUAUGACGAACGAAAAUAAUUUUAUUGAUAUCGAGUUUCAUGAAGCUGUAUAUCCAAUCAGAGUCUCUAUUUACGAAAUAGAUAAUCCUGGAAGCGUAAUUCAAAUUUUGGCUCAAGAUUCCAAUAAUCACUGGAUUCAGUUGUGGGAUGAAUCGUCUCAGAUUGUACCCCAGAAAUUAAGAUUAUUUUCUCCACCGUUAUCGCAUCCGUGCGACUUCAAAACCAAAAUGCUCAGACUAGUGUUUAAGGACAACUCACGUAAAUCUUAUACAGAACUGGAAGCUGUGAUGCUUAUCGGUACAUCAGAUUUGAUCCUUCCUAGAAAUCCUAACGAGAGUUUAAGUAAUCUGUUAAAAAGAAUUAACAGCAUGUACUCUCCGCACCACGACGAUGUUCAUAAUUUAACAGCAGAUUCAAAAAGUGCACACUUGGAUAUAGUUCAUCUGCAACGAAAUUUUCCUGAAUAUUGUGUUAUUUAUAAAAGCGAAAUAAGAAGGAUUAAUUAUAAGAGUAAUUUGAAAUACGAAAAGGCAUCUCAAGAGGUAAUCCCUGGAUAUGUGCAACCUCUUGGACAGAGAUACUCGCGUCGUAUUCUAAAAAGUCAUUCCAAUUGUGUAAACAAUAUGAAACUUUCUUCGGAUGAAUCCAAGGAGCUAUCACGUUGCAGUUUAUCUGCGCUUCCUAAUGAAAUACUACUAAAAAUAUUUAAAUACUUAGAUUUGGUAACAUUAUGCCGCAUGAAUGAAGUAAACAAUGAGCGCUUUGAUAUUUUAUCACGGGAUUCUCUACUCUAUACACGUUUGAACAUGCGAUGCAUUAAAUCUGAAAAAUAUAUGUGCGAUAUAUUUUGUUAUUUUACACCUAGAUGUAAAUAUUUGCAACAAUUAGAUCUUACAGAAAGCAACUUUGAUGUUAAUGAUUUCGUAAACUUUCUUGAUAAUUGCGGCAGGCGUUUAACGCAUUUAAGAUUAAGAGACUGCUACAUGGACUUAAAUCCUGUCCUGCUCAAAAUUUCAGAGACAUGCAAAAAUUUGAAAGAAUUGGAUCUAAGUUUUUGUCGGAUAGACGACGAAGAAUUUUUGUAUCUCGAGGGACUAAAUAAUUUAGAACAUAUAAACUUUUCUGGUACACGUAUAACAACUGAAUGUCUUUGCAAAAUACUGCAUAAUAAUCAACGGUUGCGUGAGUUACAAUUGACAGGCAUUAUACAUGAUGUAGUUCUAAUAGAGUUGGCAAAUUCGUGUCGUGACUUGGAAGUAAUAGAUUCACUGCACGCACGUAGUUUUACAUCUCAGGGUAUUAAUGCUCUCGCUAACUGUAAGAAUUUACAAAAAGUGAAUUUUAAUCUAGACGGAUACCCAGUUACUGAUGACAGCUUAUUUAGAUUACUUUCUUCUUAUCAAAACUUGCAAGAAAUUUAUCUGGACCUUGUUGUCCUCACUGAUCACCGGUUGGAAUUAUUAGCGCAGUGCAGGCACUUGAAAAAGUUAUAUCUUGACUUUGUGAAACUUGAUAUACUUGAUAAUUGGUCCGUUAUUUUGAAACAAUGUCCUAAACUGCAGGAGUUUUAUCUCAGUAACUGUAAUAUAAGUAAUCAAUUAGUUAAUCAAUGGAAGGAAAGAUAUCCGCAUGUGUCCGUCUAUACAUACAGAUAAAAUGAAGUUUAUCUUUACUAUUUUGAAGUAUAAAAAUUAAUAAUUUUUUUUAAAUUAUCCGAUGCACAAGAUUGUAAAAGAAGUUAAUGCCUAAUAAAAACCAGAUAGUCGUAUUUA